AUGACAUCGUCUGAUGUCGUUGUCGCCGGAUUUGAAGUCGUCGCAGGAAUCCUCGAUAUCAACAAUCGAUGCGAAGGGAUAUAUUUGCCAAACCGGAAUUGGGGACCAGUGGGGGGACUAAAGAGGAGGUCUGAUUUUUUUCAAAAAGAUGAGGGUGAAAUUACAAAACUACCCUUCUCCGCGGAGGAUUCAUGGUUCCGCGGUGUUUUCUCCACAUCGCCGCUUCAAUCCAUCCUUCCAGUUUCAGAAAAAGCAACCAUCUCCAUCUCCAUCUCCAUCACCGACAAACUGGAUGUCACGUUUUCUGUCUGCUUUCGUCAUCAUGUCGACGCGUAUUGCAAUAAAUACAUAUCUAGAAAUUGGCUAACAGUCGAAGAAGACGAUGAUGUCAGAGAAAAUUUUGACAUUUGGGAAUUGGGCUCAUUUAAGAGAUAUCUGAAGAAACCGAUUAUUUGGAUUUCUUCAAUCAACAUUGUGAAGGGUAAUCAAAGGUUAGGUCACAAAUGCUAAGCGUAACAACAGGAGUUGGGCCAACUCUAAGCUGAGGGACCAAAGUUGACAAAUCGUGAAACUUUGGUGGUGAAAAUCUGAAGUGCAAUUGGCAGAUUAUAUAUCUAUAUCAAUUCAAGAAUCAAACAAAUGAAA